CAAAGUUUGGGGUACUUUUACAAGUUUGCUCCACAGGCUGUGCAUUUGCAGUGUAUUUGUAAGCAAUGGCUACCAUCCGAAAGAAACUGGUGAUUGUUGGUGAUGGAGCUUGUGGUAAGACAUGCUUACUCAUAGCCUUCAGCAAGGACCAGUUCCCAGAAGUAUAUGUUCCCACAGUGUUUGAGAACUAUGUGGCAGAUAUUGAAGUGGAUGGAAAGCAGGUGGAGUUGGCUUUGUGGGACAUGGCUGGACAGGAAGAUUAUGAUCGCUUGAGGCCUCUCUCCUAUCCAGAUACCAAUGUUAUACUGAUGUGUUUCUUCAUUGACAGCCCUGAUAGUUUAAAAAAUAUCCCAGAAAAAUGGACUCCAGAAGUGAAGUGUUUCUGUCCUAAUGUACACAUUAUCCUGGUUGGAAACAUGAAGGAUCUUCAGAAGGAUGAGCACACAAGAUGGGAGUUAGCCAAGGUGAAACAGGAGCCAGUAAAACCUGAAGAAGACAGAGAUAGGACAAACAGGAUUGGCACCUUUGGGUACAUGGAUUAUUCAGUGAAGACCAAAGAUGGAGUGAGAGAGGUUUUAGAAGUGGCCAUGAGAGCUGCUCUGCAAGCCAGGUGUGGGAAGAAAAAAUCUGGGUGCCUUGUCUUGUGAAACCUUGCUGCAAGCACAGCCCUCAUGCGGUUAAUUUUGAAGUGCUGUUUAUUAAUUUUAGUGUAUGAUUACUGGCCCUUUUCAUUUAUCUAUAAUUUACCUAAGAUUACAAAUCAGAAGUCAUCUUGCUACCAGUAUUUAGAAGCCAGCAAUGAUUAUUAAUAAUGAUGUCCAACCCAUCUGACCUGCCAGGAUCCUUCCAACACUGCUCUAACAGCCCUUUCUGCACUCCACCUGACACACCAGGUGCUAAUUCAAAGAAUUUCUUAACUUCUUGCUUCUUUCUAGAAAGAGACAGUUGGUAACUUUUGUGAAUUAGGCUGUAACUACUUUAUAACUAACAUGUCCUGCCUCUAAUCUGUCAGUUGCAGGGAAUUCUGAUGAGUCCCCACUUCAGAGUCUUACUCCUCUUGGAGUUAUUGGCAUCGCUCUGGGGUGGGCAGACAGUUUUUUUUGAAAACAUGCUCAGCCAGAAGCCCCAAGUCCAUGCAGCUGUGGCAGAGUUACAGUUCUGUGGUUUCAUGUUAGUUACCUUAUAGUUAACCAUGUAAUUAGUGCCCCUUAAUGUAUGUUACCAAAAAUAAAUAUAUCUACCCAGACUAAAUAUAGUAUUUUUUGUAUAAUUGGAUUUCCUAAUACUGAUACUUGUCAUUACAACAAAGAAUGUAUUGGU